CUACUGUUUGACCCGCAACCUUUCAUAGCGAUAGCGCUCACCCACAGUUAUUUUGACAGGCCUACAGUGUGGUUCAAACUAUUUUCAUUUAAAAUGCGCUCGAUCGUUUUAAACAGGUUUUUUUUAACCAACACUAAAUUGUUACGAACAAGUGUAGUUGUACCUAAAAUAAUACAAGUACGUUCGCACAGCGGAACCGGCAUACAACCGAGGAAAACCCCCUUAUAUGAUUUGCACUUGAAGUAUGGAGGUAAACUGGUGGACUUUGCUGGGUUCCUGUUGCCAGUGCAGUACUCUGACAUGAGCGUGUCAGCGUCGCACCUAUUCACCAGACAAAAUGCGUCUAUAUUCGACGUUUCACACAUGCUACAAACAAACGUUCGCGGUAAAGAUGCUGUGGCUUGGUUAGAGUCGAUCUGCCCAGUGGAUCUGAAGGGAAUGGCUGAUGGAAGUAGUUCAUUAACGGUAUUCUUAAACGAUAAAGGAGGAAUCAUCGACGACUUGAUAGUAACAAAGGUCAAUAAUGACACUCUGUACGUGGUAUCGAACGCGGGGCGGCUUGAUGUUGAUAAGGAGCACAUGGAAACAACAUCAACGAAUUUCAAGAAAGAAGGUAAAGAUGUUCAUGUAGAAUUUUGGGACGUUAGUGAAAGGGCACUUAUUGCGUUGCAAGGGCCGAAAGCUGUGACGAUCCUGCAAAAAUUGAUCGAUAUUCCAUUGGCGGACUUGACUUUUAUGACAUCACGAGAGGGAACCCUCGCCUCAGUGAAAUGUCGCGUAACCCGUUGCGGCUACACGGGGGAGGAUGGCGUCGAAAUAUCUAUCCCGGCUGAAAAAGCUGAUCAAGUAACAGAGGCUUUGCUUCAGUCGAGUGAUGUGAAACUGGCCGGCCUAGGUGCAAGGGAUUCACUUCGUUUAGAAGCAGGACUGUGCCUUUAUGGCAACGAUAUUGAUGAGAGCGUUACUCCUGUAGAAGCGAAUUUAACUUGGUUGAUAGCAAAACGAAGGAGGAGCGAAGGAAAUUUUCCGGGCGCUCAUCUAAUUUUGCAGCAAAUAAAAGAGGGAGUUAGUAAAAGGAGAGUUGGAAUUAGAAGUGAAGGAGCUCCGGCACGUAAAGGAGCAGUCAUUAAAAGUGCUAAUGGUUCAGAUGAAAUAGGACAGGUGACAAGCGGGUGUCCGAGUCCUUCAUUGGGUGGCAACGUCGCCAUGGGCUACGUUAUUGAAUCGCUGAAAAAAGUGGGAACCGGUUUAUUAGUGAACAUUAGGGGAAAAGACAUUCCUUGUGUAGUUGCAAAAAUGCCCUUUGUCCCUUCACAAUACUACAUCAAGAAAUAAAUCACCAUAUUAUUAUGAAAGUAUGUAAUAUAUGUAUAAUUUUUAUUACAAGUAAACAUUAAUUUAUUGUACGUACCACUUAAGAAAAUCCUCAAAAGUGUUUGCAAAUCAAUAAAAUAAAUAACAAUGUUUAUCUUGCAAGAUAACGAUUGAAGACGAGCCCUUAUUAAAAUGUUCAUUAUACUUUGAGCAACAAUAAGUCGUAUUUAUUUACAAUUAGUAAUCUACCUGGCAUGUAAACAAUAAACGUAAAAACACCACUAUCUCAAAUUGAGCACUUUUACAAACAUUUCAAAUGAGGAGCAAGUCACCAAAACAGGACAAUU